AUGCAUACAGUACAAUUUAUCACCGUCUUCUCGUUGGUUUUUGCGAGUUUUUCAAUUGUUGGAACUGCUCCAAAUGGUGGGAAUCAAGAACCAUCCGAUUUCAAGGAGAUCAUUGAAGAGUUCCGAAUCCUUGCUCGCGUCACAAAUGCCAUCUCCCUCCACGUCGCCGCCAUCUCCAGACGAAUAAGUGUGGAAGAUGUGCUAUCCGAACUUUUUCAAGUCGAUCCGGUCCCUUACCAAAAAAUGGUCAAAUUUUCCAUCGCCAAUGCCACAGCUGAACUGCAUCGGAUGCAAAAGGCUUAUGCUCUAGCCAAAAACCCUUCAAUGUUUUCUGUUGGUGUCCCGUUUGGUGUAAGCAUAUCAGAUUUCUUCAAAAAACUUCCUGCGGAAUUGAACCACGCAUUAAGUUUCUAUGUCAACCUUCCUCGACUGAUGAAUCAACUAAAUGAAGCAAGAAAUAUUCAGAAGGAUAAUCUAUUCAUCGCGGCACGAGCUGCACGAGGACUUUUUAAGACGUCAUGCUUCAACAUCAGCUAUGAAGUCCUCAACAAGUUCAUGGUUCACUUUGGGGAGGAUACUACAAACUACGUGGAACGAGACAGAAAUGAAGCGCUUGCGACUCUCAAAAGUUUCAACUCACAAGGACAGUUGGUCGCCGAGUGCUUGGAACAAAUUCCAAAACUGGAAGAAGAAAUCAAAAACAUAGGAAUAAAGAAAGCCUAUGAGGACCACAAAAUGGUGAUGAGGUCGAGAAAGAUAGUUUUGGAACUAGCCGUUGUUUCGAACGUGGGACGACACUUAGGUUCACUUCUAAAGGAUUUGUACAAAGGAUUAAAUUUGACGAGCUUCAUUUGGCAUAGUCAACCAUCCAAGGAAACAUUUCAUGUCAUAUCUCAACUGAAUGAUUCCAUUUUCGAAACUGACUUCUACAAUUUUGACUACAGUGAUAUGGAGUUUUCUAUUACUGCUGGAUUCAAAGAAACGAAAGAUUUGUUGAAAGUUUUUGACGACUUGGAAAGUCCCUGGUUCAAAAGCAAAGUUGCCAGAGAAGCCAGCACUGCGAAACUCGCCAAGGCUCUUCAACCCUACCGUAAGAUUUCUGAGAUCAUGUUCUCUUUGAAAGAAGCGUGGGACAAUUGGACAGAAACUUCAAAAGACAUUUUGACAACGGAAGUUUUGACUGCAGCAGAAACUUUGUUGAUCAUCAAAAAAUUCGAUUUGGAUUCUGUUAAAGUUUUUCGGAGUAUCGAUAAUCUUGGAAAUGAUUUCAAUAAGUGUGGACUCCCAAAAAUUGAUAAUAUCAGCAAUUUUUUGAACACAUUUGACACGGAACAGCUUCCGGCGGAGAAGGUGGCUUUAAAGUUUCAAGAUGUUGCUAAAUCGAUUUCAAAGAUUAAAUCAAGGUCAAAAUCGCUCAAAUCCACCCAUGGGAAUGCGACUGGACUAGUUGAAAAGUUGUUCGCAAUGGUUGACAAACAAACUACCAAUCUUAAACCCGAUCCAAAUGUGCCGUUGAUCAUGCAAACCAUUGAAAUUAAAAUCGAUUCAUAUGGACCGGAAUCUGAGGACAUUUUCUACUUGCUCAACAAAGUUUCCACGUUGGCAGAGGAUCUUCAAGUGCUCGACAAGCUUGCGGAACAAGUUCCCCAAAAACCGGCUUCAUUUUCGUUCCAGGAUAUAUUGGACCAAUCGAAAAUUUCAGAGAUGUCGCAAUGCGUUGAGUACGUUUCUAUUUGUAGAGAUUCAGAAUAUAUUUUUUUCAGAAAGCUUCAAGUGCCUCUGAAUGAUACGAUUAAUGGAUUAAGAGUAUAUCAGGCCUUUGACAGAUUUCCUAAUGCGGAAGUGUUCAAUAACAUUAGUCAAUAUCUUUCGAAACUUUCAAAGGUUCAACUGGAACUGAAAAAUAUUCAGAAAUUGGUGUUAACGAUUCGAAAGUCAAAUCAGAAGGCUGGCAAACUGGAUUCGUUGAUUUUGACACUCCAGAAUCCCAACCACCUUACUGAGAAUCUUGGACGAAGUAUACACAUUCUGGAAGACUUGUACGAAGUAAAAAACAAAGAAGAACAGUUUGGAAGAGAUCCAGAAUUCUCUCAAGAUGUGAUUAACGAGAUUGCUGAUAAGGGUUUGGAGGAAUGGAGGAGACCAUACCAGAAAUUACAAGGGUUGAUUGAAGGAGUUAGCAAGUUGGAUGAGGUGGCUAGACGGAUUCGUAAUUCGAGUUUGGUGAAUAUGACGGAAAUUUUCGAAAGAGCUACGCAGUUUCAAGGGAUUCCAGGAUCCAGAGAAAAGUUGAAUGAUGUUUAUGAAUACCUCAGCGAACACAUGGGAAACGAAGAAAAGAAGGCUGUGAAGUUCUUCGAGGCGGCUCGUGACCUAGAUCUGGAUUUUGCCAAACACAAUCUCCGUCUGAAAACGGUCCGAGUGACGGUGACAACACUCAAGCAAUACUUUGAUGAAAUAUUUGGACACGUGAAACCGAAAACUGUAACUGUGGAGAUUGAGCCGGCCGUCUCGUGGAAACUCAUUUUGAUUCUUUGUAUUGCUUUUGUUCUCUUUUUGAUAAUUGCUUUCUUUGGAAUCUAUGGGCUGACGGAAAACGGACGAGCCUGGUACAAGAAUGUGUAUUUGUACUAUUUUGGAAGUCCCGACGAUUUUGAGAAGAGGUGGAGAUACUCGAGUUUUAUGGACACCAUUGAUGGCAAGAAUUCAGUUUUAGACGCUGUUCGUGAAGGUAACAAAACUAGCUUGUUGAAGGCGUUGAAGAAUGGAGCAUACAUUGACGCUUAUAACAAAUACGGUAACACUGCCCUUCACGUUGCCACCAAAUUUGCUCUUCCCGAUCACGUUGAACUUUUGAUCCGAUACGGAGCCGAUCGUUCUCUAUUGAACUAUAAAAAUCUGACACCAAUGCGAUAUAUUCUUCCCGAGUUUGAGAAAAAGUAUCCGGAGAGAGUGGAGAAUUACGAGAAGAUUCGAAAAAUUUAUAAUAAGUAUGAAAAGAAAGGAUUCCGAAGCAGUGUACCCCACGCGUUUCCGGACACCUCGUUUCAUAUUUGGAUGGAUGAUGCGACUGAUGUAAAGCUGUGUAAUCGGUUUAUGGAUCGGUUCAGAUCAAUUACAUCCGAUGAAGCGAUGCCAACAACAACGCACUGCGUCGUUCGUGUAGAUGCCAAUGGAAUGCUAGAAACUGAUCGUCUGGAUCUUUUGCUCUGGAUCUUCCACGGUGUUAUUAUUGUGAAAGAACAAUGGAUGACUGACUGUUUGGAGAAUCCUAAAUUGAUUGGAAAGGAUGUUGACUAUUUGGUUGAGAAUGUCAAGUUCAAUGGACAAGUCUAUAAAACGGUGCUGACGUGGAGCGAGGCCAUGGCCAAAAGUGAGAUGCCCUAUUUGCUAGGAGCUUAUGUGGCCGUGGUGGCAACGGAUUAUAAAAAUUUGCUAACCCUCUCUUCAAUUGUGACCACUCAUGGAGGGGUCAUGAUGAACACGUUUCCACUCAAAGAGCACUUCAAUAAAGGAUCGCAUCCCUAUCUUCAUGCUCAUUUAGGACCACUUUUCUUGAUUCACGAUGGAGCGAUGGAUUUGAGUGUCUACAAAAAUGAUGUGGAUAAGAUGUACACGUUGUUCACGGAGGAAGAGUUUAUUGUGUUUAUGCUGAAGCGAGAGAUCAAUAGAGAUAGUAGAGUGAACCCGGUUGCCGUUUUGAUUGGUGAUGAAUAA